AUGGUCGUGUUCCAGAGGAAGCCGUUCCUGUACAUAAUCAACUUGAUCAUGCCCCUGCUGUUUCUGCUGGUCCUGGAUCUGGCCUCGUUCUUCAUCGGCGAGGCCCGAGGCGAGAAGCUGAACUUCAAAGUGACGGUGCUGCUUUGGACUGAGCGUUUUGCUCCUUUUCUCACAGGUCUGUGCAGAUGUCAGAGCUCAGACUGCUCCUACAGCAGGCUUUUCACACACCUGAACAUCUCCUCCUCCAAUGAGGUUCUGCAGAUUAUGAGACCCGUGAAAAACUGGACCAGCGCCACCGUCGUCCAGCUACACCUGCAGUUGUUUGGCAUCCUAGAUGUGUACUGGACCGAUGAAUUCCUGACCUGGAACACCUCCGAGUUCUGCGGGAUCGAUUUCCUGACCGUGCCGAGAUCCAUCCUCUGGAUCCCAGACAUCGCCAUCCAGGAGGAUACCUCUGACGUCGGCACGGUCCUGCAGGACCCGUUUGCCGUCUUGUAUCCCAGCGGUUUGGUGAAAGUGAGCGAGCGCAAACGGCUGACCUACAUCUGCCAGCUGGACCUCUUCCUGUUUCCCUUCGACCACCAGCGCUGCAACAUGACUUUUGAGUCCAUGAGCUCCGACGGUGAGAGUCUUCAGACCUCGCCGAGCACCUGCAGGACAAAACCUUUAUAA